CAGAAGCAUGUAUGGCUGAGGCGUAUUUAGCUGGAGAAUGUGUUGCAUUUUGUUUAGAGUUCCUUAAAGAAUCAGUACCAGUUCAAGAAGCAGUUAAUCGUAAUGAAGAUGUUGAGGCUGAUAGAAUGGUGGUUGAAGGCCGACCUCUGCAGAAGGGUAUAGAGGUUACCCUGUCAGAUAAAGAUAGAGACAUUGCACAUCGAUAUGUGCUAAUGAACAUGGCAUCUUUGGAUCCCUUUCUUGAGUAAGUAAUUCUCUAUGUUUCUUCUACUUGUUUUACUCAUAAUUUCAUUUUCAUAUACUGUUGUUUAAUUUAAAAUCAGGAUGCAUUUGGAAGAGUUGCAAGCUAAGGAUGCUCGAUUGGCUAAAAAUGAAACUUUGUUAUGGAAAAACCAUACUGAACACUUUACAGAAUGGCUUAAAAAUAAGAUUCAUUUAGACUCAAAAGAUAGUCAUUCUAAGGAGAUAAGGUGGUUGGCAUUUGGACCAAGAAAUGUUGCUUUAGCACAUAAAGGAUUCAUCAUCAAUGGCCAACGGUUUCAUACUGAUGCGGUCAAGCUGAAGACACAAAACAGUGGAGUAACUUAUGAAGCCUUUAGCAUGUGUAGAUCAAGUGCAAGAGAUAUGAGACAGGUCGCGGAUAUGAUUACAUACUAUGGAGUGAUAAAGGAGAUUUUGGUCAUCGACUAUCACAUGUUCAAAGUGCCACUCUUUAGAUGCAACUGGGCAAACACAGCGAAUGGUGUGAAGGAAGAAGAUGGCUUCACUCUUGUUAACCUUCAUAUGAACCAAGCAGCCUAUUUGAAAGAUCCAUUCAUUCUACCUUCUCAAGCGAAACAGGUUUUCUACUCUAGGGAGGAUGAUGCUUCAAAUUGGUAUGUUGUUAUGAGAGCACCACCUAGAGGUUAUCAUGAGUUGGAAACAAAAGAGGAUUUAGGUGGUGCUCCUUUACCUGUCCAAGAAGUUGAUGAUAUGGGUGAUGAUAUGGAUGAUGAUAGUGUAUAUGUUAGGGAUGAUUGUGAAGGUUUAUUAGUGGUAGAUUGAUGAUAUGUUGUAUGCUUGUGUGAUGGUUUGUAUGAAUGUGAUAAUGUUGUGUUAUGGGAUUUGAAUAAUUAUAUUGAUUUUUGGAAUUUUAAUAAUUUAUAUUGUUUUUA